UUAAAAAACAGAAUCCAGGGGUUGCGGAAACAGGGAAUCUCGGUUGUUGGGGAUUCCAGUCUUGCCAGUUGUAUGAAUGUGUUGCCGCAUAAUUAAUAAAUUAUGGUGUUGAGCGUUAAAUUAAAAACCUUUAAAUGGAAACAGUAAAACUAGAAUGUCUGCUCGCUGUCUGCUCACAUUUGUUUUAAUAUUCACGAAACCUGUUUGCUAACAGAAAAAUGGUAGGCCUACUCGAUGAGGCGGAGGAAAUUGAAAAAUUAAAAUCGAACAGAGAUCAAAAUUUGAUUGUAGGAAGCUGCUUAGCUGUUUUUGGAAACAUCAUUAUAAGUGUUUCACUCAAUUUGCAAAAAUUUGUCCACUUGAGAAAUGCCAGAAAAGAAACUCAGUCACAGAAACAUUACACUAAAGAGACUUUGUGGUGGUUAGGAUUGUCACUCAUGGGGUUGGGAGAACUUUUCAAUUUUACUGCUUAUGGUUUUGCUCCAGCUUCAGUGGUUGCUCCCCUUGGAACAACCACAGUUGUAGCCAACCUAUUUUUAGCUGCCAUAUUCUUGAAAGAAAAGAUUCGCCCAGAAAAUGUAUUUGGUUGUGCAUUGGCUAUUAUAGGAGCAUUUUUAUUGGUGACAUUUUCUAAUACAUCUGAAAAAGUCAUGGGAAGUUAUGAGAUUGUAAGGUCACUGUCACAACCUAUUUUUAUCGCCUAUGUAUGUGUUGAAGUGGUUGUGCUGGCUGCUCUGCUCAUUCUCCUCUACUGCAAGAAAGUGAGACAUGUCCUUUUGUAUCUUCUGAUCUCUUCCAUCACAGCAUCCUUCACUGUCAUUUCUGCUAAAGCAGUCUCUGGCAUGAUUCAGCUGUCUGCUGUUGGCUUCUCUCAAUGGACAAAACCAGUUUUGUAUGCCAUGUUAGCAGUUCUCAUUUUGACAGCUCUCAUCCAGAUCAAAUUUGUCAAUAUGGCUAUGAAGAAUCAUGAUGCUACAAUAGUUGUUCCAGUCAACUUUGUCAUUUUUACCAUAUCAGCAAUUUUAGCAGGAAUUAUUUUCUACAAAGAAUUUUAUGGGAUGAAUGGCAUGCAGGUCACAUUGUUCUUAUUUGGUUGUGUUCUGUCAUUUAUGGCUGUUUAUUUUAUUGCUGUUGGGAGAACAGGGGUUUCAGAUGGACAGAAAUCUGACAUGCAGUCUCAUUUAGUGGCAUCUGACCUCAUCCCCUCUUGGUUGCUAGCUAAUGUUAAUGUUGGUCAGGUCCAGCCCUCUGGUUUUGUGGAGCACCUGAAAAACACAGAGACUGACAAAAUACCAAUCCUACAUGCUGAAGCUCUUGAAACCAUAGAGGAGUUAACAGAAGGGUCUGACAAACUAGACGGAGAUGGGGAUACAAUGUCAGUGACGUCGCUUGACAUGCUUGUAGAUAGAGAGAAAAUGGGCUUAGGUGACAGUACAAGGUAUGGCACAACAUCAGGAAACACCAACUGAUCUGAACAGCUUAUUUCACAUUGUCUUCAUUUCUUUUUACUUGUAAACUUUUUUUUUUUUUGUAAUCAAGUUAAAUGUAAAUGUUUGUGAAAUAAUAAAAAUCGCUAUUUAAAUUUGU